UAUCUACAGGAGCUGCUGCUACUGCUUUUGUUGUUGUUGUUGUUGUUGUUGUUUUAAAAAAAAAAAAAAUACUACAGUAUUGCACAGUAGAAAGCUUCAGUGUGAGGUUUUUUUUUUUUUUUUUUAGUUUUUUCCCCCCAAAUUAUUAUCGGGAGGAAGGAAGAAGUGCGAGUGGGGAACAUAAGAGGAGGGAAGAGACAAGCGCACCGCACCAGGCAAGCCGCGCCCGGAUCACAUCCCAACAGCCGCGUGCGCUUCCCGGCUUCGAGCAUGGCCCAUUCGAGCAAAGCCACUUUAAUCUUGCUCAUCUACGGAAUCUUAAUGCACUACAGCGUCUUCUGCACACCUCUGGGACCUCUGGGACUAAGUUACCCCAAAAUCAGGCUGGACAACGACGCGUUCGACGAGGGCGGCAAUUCCUUGGACGAGCUUGGCUUCGACGGCGACCCCCUCGCCUUACGCAGCGCGGCGUCCUUAAACGACGGCGGCGGCGGCGGCGGCGGCGGCUUCACUCUCUACUACCCCACCGAGAAGCGAGCAGAAAGGCAUGCUGAGGAGGAAUUAGAUAGAGCCUUGAGGGACAUCCUGGGUCAGUUAACCACGCGGCAUUAUCUGCAUUCUCUGAUGACAAUGCGCGCAGGCAGUGAGGAGAACAGCAUGGAGGACGAAGCUGAGCCACUCUCCAAGAGGCACUCGGACGGCAUUUUCACCGACAGCUACAGCCGCUACAGGAAGCAGAUGGCUGUGCAAAAGUACCUGGCAGCCGUCCUGGGACGAAGGUACAGACAGAGAGUGCGCACUAAAGGACGACGGCUCGCCUAUUUGUAGUGCAGCCCCCCCCCCCC